AUGAAAUUUGCCAAAGAAUUGGAACAGGAGCUAGUCCCUGAAUGGCGGGCCAAAUACCUCGACUAUAAGACAGGCAAGAAAAAAGUCAAGGCCAUUACGCGUGCCUUGCAAAAAGCGAGUCGCAGUCCAUACUCUCAGUCGAACCGUCCAUCCUCCCAUCAUGGCCAUAAACGAACUCCGUCAGGAUUGACCAGCCAGCAAAUCGUCGAGCAAAUCGUUCCUCCAACGCCAAACCGUCCGUCAGACAAGCGGCUUACUCCCACAGAACCGUCGCAGAAUAAUUACCCGACGCCGUCUGCAAGAUCAGGGAACAAUCCUGCAUCGUCCGUUCCGCGUUCCACGCCUGUGUCACGUAGCGCGGAGCGUCAACCGCUACACUCCCCGGGAUCUCGAUUCUCGUCUGCGGCUGUUGGGAGCUAUGGAAGCAUUCUCGCAUCACCGCUGCAUGGGGCACCCACUGCGUCGGACAUGGCAUCGUUGGAACUACCUGAUCCCGCCAUCGAUCCGCGCGAUGAUCGAUCCGAUAAGGUGGACCGCGACGGCGACGAUAAGGACCACGUUCAUUUCACCUCCGGCCCUGGCGAUCCAGAGAGUCGGGACCCUUCGUCAGUCUCCCUGCGCCAUGUUAGCGCCCCUAGUCACUCCGAUGCAAAGCCAAGCACACCGAAAACACCUGAAAGUAGCGCAAAGAGGAAGUCUCAACUCCUGAAGCGGGUUUUUCCUCACCAAGAUGUGGAUUUAUCGACAGAAAAACAGGGCCAACUUGAAGCUCCCCCUUCGUCGGAGGUCGACCGGCGCCAGGACGAGUUUUUUGCUUUCUUGGAUGAUGAGCUGGAGAAGAUCGAAUCGUUUUACCACAUGAAAGAGGAGGAGGCUUCCCAUCGGCUGCAGAUGCUGCGGCGACAACUACACAUUAUGCGCGACCAACGAAUCCAAGAGGUUCUGGGGGCGCAGAAGAAGUCCGGGAAGAGAAAGAAUGGGAAAAAGGACGGUCCUAAUCCGAAAGCUCUGACUGGGUUAAACGGCAGUUUGGUGAAAGACGUCUUGACGGGACGGAACCGGUUCGGGAAGAAUACAGAAGCGCUGGCGCAGAUGGCUACGACCACACCAAGGACUCUUCAGGCACAGGACCGUGAAUCGAUCACGCGUCGGAGGGAUUUCUCGCGCCGGCCAGAAGAAGAAGAGUUGGAUGAAGCGGAGGAGGAGGAGGAUGAAGACUCGCCUAACGUCGAUGUACCAUAUCGCUCGGCAAAGAGGAAGCUGAAACAUGCCCUCCAAGAGUUUUACCGUGGUCUCGAGUUGUUGAAAGGAUAUGCCUACCUCAACCGCACGGCAUUCCGGAAGAUUAACAAGAAGUAUGACAAGGCCGUCCAGGCUCGUCCCACUUUGCGUUACAUGUCCGAAAAGGUCAAUAAGGCCUGGUUCGUCCAGAGUGAAGUUACUGAGAACCUGAUGGUCGCGACGGAAGAUCUCUAUGCUCGCUACUUUGAGCGCGGGAAUCGCAAAUUGGCGAUUUCCAAGCUGCGUCGUAUCGACAAGAAGUCGGGCGAUUACUCUUCCAAUACUUUCCGUUCCGGUCUUCUCUUAAUGGCUGGUAUAUUGUUUGGGAUUCAGUCCUUGGUCUAUGUUGGGCAACAUAUGAGCAGUAAGGAUCCGACUCUUCAUGUUCAUACAAGUUAUUUACUACAGAUUUACGGAGGCUAUUUUCUCGUUGUUUUCCACUUUUUACUCUUUGCUUUGGUCUGUAUGGUCUGGACCAAAGCCAAAAUUAACCACGUUUUUAUUUUUGAGUUUGAUACAAGACAUGCAUUGGAAUGGCGUCAGUUAUUAGAGAUACCAUGCUUUUUCCUGUUUCUCUUGGGGCUAUUUAUGUGGCUCAAUUUCCUAACUGUUAAUGCUAUGUAUAUAUACUGGCCGGUAGCCCUUGUGGGACUGACUCUGAUCAUUCUCUUUCUACCGUUCCGUGUGCUCUACCAUCGCAGCCGACAAUGGUGGGCAUACUCCAAUUGGCGUCUGGUUCUCGCGGGUCUAUAUCCUGUUGAAUUUCGUGAUUUCUUUCUUGGAGACAUGUACUGUUCCCAGACGUAUGCUAUGGGCAACAUUGAACUAUUCUUUUGCCUUUACGCACGACACUGGAGCGAUCCACCGCAAUGUAAUUCGUCCCAUUCGCGCCUUCUGGGUUUCUUCCAAUGCCUUCCGGCAGUUUGGCGUGCCUUUCAAUGUUUGCGCCGGUAUGCAGACACGCGAAACAUGUUCCCACAUAUGAUGAACUUUGGCAAAUACAUCUUCUCGGUCCUCUAUUAUGCGACCCUGAGCAUGUACCGGAUCCAAAGAAUCCAGCGAUUCGAGGCGACGUUCAUUACGUUCGCCUUGCUGAACGCUGUUUACACUUCAGUGUGGGACCUUGCCAUGGACUGGAGUCUAGGCAACCCCUACGCCAAACACCCUCUCCUACGUGAGGUCCUAGCUUUCCGGCAGGUCUGGGUGUACUACGUCGCCAUGGUCCUAGACGUCGUCAUACGAUUCAACUGGAUUUUCUACGCCAUUUUCGCGCACGACCUCCAACAUUCAGCUGUACUGAGCUUCGUCAUCUCAUUCUCCGAAGUCUGCCGACGGGGCAUCUGGACAGUCUUCCGUGUCGAAAACGAACACUGCACAAACGUCCUCCUCUUCCGCGCCUCUAGAGACACCCCCCUCCCCUACGACCUCCCCAAGACCCCCGAAGAACCCGACCACCACAGACCCGAAGACGUCCCACUCCAAGAACAACCACCCAGCACCGGCGCCACCAUCCAACCAAGCCCCAACCCCGAAGACCUGGAGCAAGGGCCCGUACCGCCAACACCAGCCGGCGCAUCCAUGCGCACGCGUCGCGGGUCCCGCGCAGCUGCUGGCCUUUCACGUGUUGGAUCUAUCGUGGCCGCUGCACACGCGCAGGACUUUGAACGCAGGAAACGUCCGGAUCAGAUGCAUCCUGCUUCUGUAUCGCAGGGGAAUGCGCAGAGUCCGGAGGAUUCGAGUGAAGAGGAGGAGGAUGAUUCGGGGGAUGCUGAGGCGCAUCCGGACCAGUAUGCAGAUGAUAAUCUGGAGGAUGAGAUGUCGUUUGGGCGGACGAGGACUCAUCGGACGCAUGAAGACGAUGAUGAAUAG